GCCUUGAGACAGAGGAGCAGUGGAGGAGGCUUUUAACGUUCAGCUGAUGCAACAACUUGGCAGACGGAGGCUCAGAGCACCUAGAGUUCCUCCUGCGAGAUAAACAGAACUGCAACGAGUCUGAAUGAGGGAGAUUAAUGUUGAAGGACGAAGUCCCUGCGAAAGACCUCCUCAAGCCAUCAAGGCCUUUUGAUCUCCCCUUCGAGGGCCAGCGGGCCAAUCAGACCCGCACUUGCAGACGUCACGAGGCCAAAGCGACGAGCUGAUUGGUGGGAGCGUGGAGGGGGGACAGCCCUUGUCCUUUUAUAGACGACCCCGUGCAGCGCGUAAAGGCUACUGGGCACCGCUGACAGCGCAGAGACGCAUAUUGGAUACUGUACACCUCGGCGACUCCAUUCCUCCUAACGGGCCACACGGAGGUGCAUGGCCCCAUCCCCUCGUGUCACGAUGAAUCCUGUGCAGGGGUCGCCGUCCCAGGACGCCAAACAGCUUCAUCAGAGUGAGGAGACGGAUACGGAGGGCGAGGAUCUGCAGCCUAAAGACAUGACCACUGAGAAAGGAUACAAACCCCAGCGGAGCAGCCUCGCGUUUAGCGUCGAGUCGUUGAUUUCCAAGAAGACCACCUGUCGGACUUCCUAUUCCCCCACAGAUUUAGCUGUGGCCCUGCCGAAACCCGCGGCCGGGCAAGGCGUGCAGUUCUCUCCAAGGACUCUUUACGCGGAGAGCAAGGUUUCCGCGGAGAGCUCGCAGGGUGUUUCCAGCAGUUCCAGCGAGGACAGCCCGCAGUUAAGUGAGAAAGAGCAGAGCACUUGGUACCAGACGUCCUCCCUUUCUACUCCGCCACGGAGCUCAAGUCCAAAUCAGUGUACUUUAAGGAAACACAAAAACAACAGGAAACCUCGCACGCCCUUCACUACCUCCCAGCUGCUGGCGCUGGAGCGCAAAUUUCGCCAGAAGCAGUACCUCUCCAUCGCCGAGAGAGCCGAGUUCUCCAACUCGCUCAACCUGACGGAGACUCAGGUCAAAAUUUGGUUUCAGAACAGGAGGGCCAAAGCCAAGAGACUGCAGGAGGCCGAGCUGGAAAAGUAUAAACUGGCCUCCAAGCCCAUGCUGCCCGCCUUCGCGCUGCCGCUCCCCCUCGGAGCGCACAUGGGCUCUCCAACAUGGGGCCCGUCAAACGCCUUCCCGAGGCACAGUCUGCCGGUACCAGGACUGUUCGGCGGACCUGUCACUUAUGGGAUGUAUUAUUUGUCUUAGUAGUGCUGCGUGUGUAUGUGGCUGAUUUUAAGAGAAAAAUAAUGUAUUCUUUCAUGGUCGCAAAACACUUAUAAACGAGGAUGAUGCGCUUUCUUCACAGUUUUAUAUUCGGAGUUUAGAGAAUUUUUCUGAAUUAAUUUCGGGACACAUUUUGAUAUGUAAUUGUGUGCGUAAUCAGACUGAGCGAGUUCACCUGCUCUCCUCAUUUUAAGACAGUUCUGUGGGUUGUGCAUCCACAGGCCUAAAUUGCUGAGGCGAUACUCCAAAAACAAAUGUCAGGUUUUUAACCAACAUGCCUUACAUAUCUCACUCCAGCGCUUCCACCGUGCUCCGCAGUUUGUGAACGUGGACAUUCAAAGUGUGUCCAGACAUGAAGGCGAUGAUCUACUGAAGCGCAGGUUCGAAAGCAACAGAAAAGUACUUAAAUGAUGUCAGUGCCUUAAGACCGGUGUAUCACUUGAAGUAUUUCUCCUCAUUCAGCAUCGACUGUUUCUGGUAAAACUGCAUUUUGCCAGAGUUGCUGUUUGAAUGUUUGUAUUUCCUUUUACAGCAUCGCGAUUUCUACAUUUUUGUAUGGAGCAAAAAUUAUACUUUAGAAAAACACGUGUAUUAGAUAUUUUUUUUACUCUCACAUCGUGGCCUUUAUGGGAGUGAUGAUAGAUUUUCUUUGAGGAAUGUUGCUGUAAAUGUAAAUACAAUGUGUGGUGUUCAUAAAGCCCUGCAGCCUCGUUUGAAGAGCAGCAGGAAAUGUGGUAUUUAUUGAAUAUCUUUGUAUCUGUACUGUGUACAUGCAUCACUCUAUCCAAAUGUUCAGUUACUUGUAAAAACUGAUUUUAGUAAAUAAACAUUAUA